CUCUUCCCCUUUUCAGCAUUACAGCAACUCAUACAAGGAUAUUAACGUGUUUUCUUCAUGUCAGAUUUGCCAGCACAUCUGACUUUCCAGGCGUACCCCUUGCAAAUGGCAGAAUGACACGCUACGCGGUUUUGGGAGGAGGCAUAGCGGGAGUCUGCUGCGCGCUGGAGCUAGCUCGCUGCGUAAAACAGGAGAAUGAGAGCGAGGAACGGACCGGUGGUGCUGGAGUGGCCUCAAGCGUGGUCCUCAUCAGCGCCAGCCCGGUUAUAAAGGGGGUUCGAGAAGUGGCCCGGCUUGGUCGCCUGCUGGAGGAGCUGGAGGUGGUGGAGACGUCUCUGCCGGAACUGGCUGCCGGAAGUGACGGUGCGCUGCGGGCUGUGCACGGCGCGGCGGAGGGGCUUGACCUGCAGCGUCAGGUGGUAAAGCUUGCGGGCGGCGGCGAGAUCGCGUUCGACAAGCUGUGCAUCUGCACCGGGGCGCGACCCAAGGAGCUAGGGGUGCCGGGCGCUAAUCACCCCGCCGUAAUGACACUUCGAGACACUGACAGCGUGCAGGAGCUGGCACUCCGGCUGCGCAGCUGUCGACGGCUGGUGCUGGUUGGGAACGGCGGCAUCGCGCUUGAGCUGGCGGGGGCGCUGGCAGGGAAAGAGUUGAUCGGUAGUCACGCCACAGGUGCAGUCUGCCCCACCAACGCCAACAGCGCCAACAGCACUUGCAGCAGGGCAGCCGACACCGCAGCUGGGUCGCCUGCUGGUGCAAGCGCUGCCGGGGGCGGUCGCGAGCUGGUGUGGGUGCUGAAGCACGGACACAUCGGAGACGCCUUCUUCGACCUGGACGCAGCCGCAUUCCUGCUCCAGCACAUCGCGCCUGCGGCGGCAGCCAGCCUUGGUACUACAGGUGCAACAGGGGGAUCAGGCGUAGCAGUGGACGCGGUGGAUGUGAGCAGCCCGGCUGCGCCGCAGAUGGCCGUGGCGGAUGAGGCACUCCUGCCGCCUGCGGCGAAUUUGGCGGGGCGAUCGCCUGGAUAUGAGGCUGGGCUGCAGGCCCGUGAUCGCUACCGGCAUAUGGGGCAUGCAGCCGGCCCCGCAUGGACCAGGGAGCUGCUGCGGGGCUUGAGGCGCGAGCAGCAGGAUGCCGGGCAGGGGCAGGCAGGGCAGUCGCCCGUGCUGGUGUACGAACCAAAGGCGACGGGAGAGGCGGGCGCGGCGUGCAGCAGUGGGCGUGGGGCAGGCGGGGCGUCUGGUAACAGCUCCGCGUCAGCGGCGCUGGAAACAGGGCCAGCAUCUGAUCCCGAGAGUUUCCAUUUGCGCUUAGAGUUUUCGUCGACGGUGACACGUAUAGCGCAUCACGCGAGACCGGCCGAGCCGGCCCAGGCGUCCGCGCUACACCCACAUGCGCCGGCAACGGCGGGGCCUGCUGGUGAGGACGCAGAGCGCAACAGUAGUGGCAGCGCGAGCACCUCGGCCGAGCCGUGGCCCCUGCACGUGACGCUUUCAACCGGCAAAGUUCUGGGCGCGGACCUUGUGGUGGUGGGCAUCGGCGUGGACCCGCACACGGCCUGGCUGCCGCCUGAGCUGGCGCGGGGGCCCGACGGCGGCCUGGUCGUGGGUGCCGACAUGCGCACCAGCCACCCCGCCGUGUGGGCGGCAGGCGACUGCUGCAGCUGUGAGCACUGGUGCACCGCCAGCGCCGACGACGGCGGCGGCGCGCAGCUGGCGGGCCCGCACUGGUUCCAGCAUCGGCUGUGGACGCAGGCGCGUGUCAUGGGCACAUACGCGGCACGCUGCAUGGCGGGCCUGUCGGACGAGCUCGCAUCAGGCUUCAACUUUGAGCUCUUCACACACGUGACGCGCUUCCUGGGGUUCAAGGUAGUGCUGUUGGGGCUGUACAACGGCCAGCGGCUGGAGCAGGAGCCGGCGGAGGACACGCGGUUAUACAGCCGAGAGGGUGAGGCGGAGGACGGCGGCGGCCCAUCCUUCGUGCGGUUGCUGCUGCUGCGCGGCAGGCUGCAGGGUGCCGUGCUGAUCGGCGAGACAGGGCUGGAAGAGGCGCUUGAGAACCUGAUCUUGGAUGGGCUGGACCUGUCGUCCUUCGGCCCCGCAAUCCUGGAUCCGGGCUUCGAGCUGGAGCACGUGUUUGACUGAGGCACAGGCAGGCGUGUGGCUUGGCGUGACGGGCGCAAGCCUGCGGUUUGACGCACGCUAUGACGCUAUGCACCGUUCAAGCAGCCAUGGUUCUUCGAGAACAAGCAAGGUUGUAUUCCGCGCUUUGCUGCGUGACUGGUCUUGGUCAGUGGGCAAUCGCAAUCACACCACCCAUGCGGACAACAGCCCAUGGGAACACGACCGUACCAUGCUGUCACACGCACACCCGCUGUGAAGGGGACCAUCCCGCAUCUGUCUGAAACUUGUCAUCUGUCACGCCGCGUAUGCGCUGAAGUGACCUUCGUUUCAGGCUGUCCUACUGUGUGACCCAGCGCUUAACCCUGUCUGAGCA